UUGCACUCAGCCCACCAUAACUACCUGAGGGUCAAUAGAGAGGAAAAAGGGAGGUGAAUUUUAUCUUAGAAGGGCUCAAAAUUCCGAUUUUACUUCAGAAAUGCCAUACUUGUACAGUGUACCUAGUGAAACAAACCCUGAAUAUCCGGGAUUUAAAGGGACUACCAAACAUUCUUUAAUAUUUAGUUUCCAUACGGAACUUCCUAUUCCGUCGUGACGUCAUAAUAUAAACACCAACAAUGCAGGACAUUCAAGAACUGAAAUAGAUUUGUGUUGACAGUUUGGUCAGUAUUUCACGAAAAUGUCGCGAGAUACUGAAGUAUACUCGGAAAGCUAUUCCCGUGAGACGGAGGAGAUGUUUCGUGAAUUGUUGAAUCCAAUUGAGCCGUUGAUCAUGAAAAUGCAGUCGUUGUUGGUUUGGGAGAGACCAAAUAAGAGCGCUGUGAUGUUUUUGGCCAUACAUGUGAUAUUUUGGUUUAUAGGGAGGAAUGGCUGUCAGUUUUAUUUUUGUAUUAGUACAAUAAUGGCCAUCAUGUUUUUCAUAUACACUUGGAGAAAAUGGAUAUGGCCUGAAAUUAGAGUUCCCCCACCAAUACCAGAGGAUCCAGACAGUUGGACCCCUGUGCAUGUUCGUCUAUUGAGUGUACCAGAAAUCUGCCAGCACAUAGCACAGAUCUGGAUUUUCAUGUCAAACAACAUCAGCUGCUGGCUUGCUUUCAGGAAAGAUCACCAUUUCUUGUUUACCUGCCUGAAUGGCUCAUUCUUGCUGCUGUUUGCUGCAUUUGGACGGUUAAUUUCCGGUUUGAUGUUAACGUAUAUAAUUGUGAUGUCACUGAUGCUGUGGCCUUGUGUCCUGUACAACAACUUGUUUCAGAAAAUCUACCUGAGCCUGGAGCCUGUGUUAAUGAGACUGGAUUACAGUCUGAAGAUCAGGCCCUGGAUCUGGAGGAACCGAGAAGCUCAGAAAUCAGCAAACUUUGGCAGCAUUGGUACAACAACGCAGGAUUCGGACAGUGAGUCUGAGGAACUCAUGCCAACACGGGACCCCAAGGUCACAGCAGCACUGGCUCGAGCUAUCACAGACUCGGAGGAUGAGGGCAUGGUGAUGUCCGACACCCCCACGUCCAGACUUUCAAAAGAAUCUUCAAACAACCUGAUUGAUGAGCAGGAAGAUUUUUCUGAUAAUUCUGACAUUGAAGCCGAGUUUGCUAGAGGUUUGGGUAAGAUGCCCUCCCUCGAUGACCACUUGACAGAUGAUGAAAUACCUGAGCCUACUUUACCACAAGAGAGAAAUGACGAGAUGAAGUUCGUAUCGUCCCAUUUUGGUGAUUCAACAGAUGAUGAAUUAGAAGAUACAAAACUAGGUAGACACAUGAAAUUCCCUGAUGUACUAGACCUUUCAUUGGUUGAACCUUCAGCAGGAAUUCGUGAAACAGCCAAUCAAAUUGUGUCUUCUGUGAUGGGAAAUGCUUUAUCAGGAAUCACAAAUCUAGCUCAAAAGGCAAUUGCAACUGAAACUAAAGGCCAUGAUGCAGAUGUGGCUGAUGGAAAAGAGGCUAUGGGUCAAAGGUCAUCGGUACAUCAGUGUUCUACAGAUUUAAGUGACAUUGAUAUUGCAGAGGAGUUUGACUUUCUGGACGAAUAUGAAGAUGAGCAGAGUUAAUGGUAGAUAUCUGUGAGAGUGAUACUGUAGCCCAAGGAAUACUGGUGAAUGAUUUCAAUUUCAGAGGGCCAACUUUUAUGGAUCUGAUCACCAAUUUUAGUUGAUGGCUAUCUCAUGGAUAUGGUUCUUGCAUAUUUAGAAAAUUAUAUUCAAAGUUUUAUGUUUCAGUAAGGUAUUGAUUUCAUGGAAAGAGGUAUAUGUAAAAAAUAAAAAAAAAAAAUGUAAAAAUUGAGCCCUCCAUGAAAUAUAACAUUUGCACAGCUUUCACUUUCACUUUCUGCUAGUACUAGUCUUCUUUGUUACACACUGUUAAAUAUUACUUUGUUGAUGAUGUCACUUAAAAAUACACUUCAAAUGGUGCCCAUGUCUUAAACAGUUUAAUUAUUGAUAGAAAUUUAUUUUUUAUUCCUGGGAUAUACCAAUACCAUUGAUUGAUUUGUUUAAGGGCUAUGCUCUAUGAGCAGGGUCCAAAAUUCCCCCUUCACCUCCCUUCACACAGUGUAUUACAAUUAUACAUACGUGUUUCAAAUUUAUGUUUAAAUGUACAUGUGUAUUUAUUACAUAUACAUACACAAGAAUCCAUAUUGAACGGUACCUGUUUUGUAGUAUAGCCCCUGCAGAGCACUGGAUUGGAGAAGGGGGUGGGGUUCCCUUUACUGCAUACAAGUGUGGAAAUUAUCCACGAUAUUUCGACUCGUUUCAUCCAAUAUCAGCUGAGGUCGCUGACUUGAUAUGGGGAGUGACAUGGAGUAUGAUAUUAAGAGUCACCAGAGGGUUUUGGGAGGAGGGGGAGGGGGCAUAGGGUGUGAUAUUAGGAGUGAUGUAAGGUGUAAUGAGUGCCCCGGAAAGGGGAGUUUGUGAUAUUCUCUUUCAUCUGCUCACAAGUAGAAAAUAAUAGGUGUUGUGUGAUUUACGAUAGGUAUGAAUUAGAUAUAUAAUAAAAUGUACUGUUUUAUAUUUCAAAAAUAUGAAAAAGGGAAUAUGUAUUCUCUUGUAGCAAACUUUAUUUUACUAUUGAAAUUUUACUAUAAAGGAAUUUUGAUGUGUACAAAGAUUGAAAUCUUUUCUAAAAGUUCUCAGCCAUUUGGUGUUUUUUAUAAGCAAAUUGAACUUUUUUAGUUGUAGUGGUGAAAGAAAUUAAAUCUGAAUCAUUAAAAAUCAAACUUGUUUUACUGUAAAUUGCUGUUUCCUCACCUUUUUAGCAGGCUGAGGUGAACUUUUCUUAUCAAAAUUUGUCUGUCGUCUAUUGUCAAUGUUAAUUUUCACAUUUUCAUGUUUUCCAGAACCACUGGGUCAAUUUAAAUCAAACUUGGUACAAACCAUCCUUGGGUAAAAGGGAUUCAUGUUUAAAUGAAGGGCCAUGCCCUUAUUAAAGGGGAGAUAAUCAAGAAAAGACAAAAAUGCCAUGGGUCAUUCAAAAAUCUUCCCAAGAACCACUUGACCAGAAAAGAUGAAAUUUUUGAAUUGUAAGCUUCCUGACAUGGAGACGGUUCAUGUUCUUGGGGUUAGGAUGGGGCCACAAUAGAGGAUCAAAGUUCUUCUGAAUAAGAGUAGGCCCAUGAUUAUUCAUCUUAACAUGCAAGCAUCCCCAGGCAGUUCAGAUUUAAAUAUGUUCAUAUUGUGGUCUAUGGGGGUAGGGUGGGGCCACAAUAGGGGAUUAAAGUUUUAUAUGGGAACAUAUAGGAAAAAUCUUUUAAAAUCUUCCUCUCAAUAAUAGCAGGGCCAAAAUUAUUUAAUGUGCAAGCAUUCCCACGUAGGGUAGAUUCAAGUAUAUUCAAUUGUGUGCACUUGGGGUAGGCUGGGGCCACAAUAGGGGAUGAAAGUUUUAUAUGGGAAUUAACAUACAGGCCCUGGAAAUUAAUUAAAUUAAUUUUUUUUGAUGGGAAGCAGGGUCACACUAAAUUAUAUCAAAAUGCAAGCAUUCCUAAGUUUUGUCAAUCAAGUUUUUUUUUUAUCCCCUUUGAAUCAAUUCGUGGGAUAUAUUGUUUUUGUCUGUCUGUCUGUCAGAAACUUUAAACUUGCUAUAACUUUUGAAUGGUAAGUGAUACCGGCUCUUAUAUUUCAUAUGUAGGACCAACAUGAAUUAGGUGAGCAAUGUGGUGCCUAUUUUUACUUUUGUUUUUAUACUUUUUGAAAAUGGUUUACUUGCUUUUAAUCAAUUUUGAUUUGCUUUUUUCCCCCCAAUUAUUCGUGUAUUGAACCCAUGAAACAUGCCCCCAAGAAUCUUUAAUCAUAAUUGUUAAGGGGCAACAGAUAUUUUGAAGUUCCAAUGCCAAAAUCUAAGUUAUUUCCCCUUGAUUAUCCAUUCAGCCUAUACUCUCCUUCACAAGAUAAUGACUAUGUAUUAUAUUUUGGUCAAUUCCUUAUCUGUUUUAAAUUCCCAACAAUUUGAAUGUUUUUGUAAAUAAUUAUGAGUACAUUAUUGUGAUGGAAUAUUAGUCAUUUGUAGCUGUAAAUCAUUUUCCAGGAAUUACCGUGAUUACAGUAAAGGAUUGGAGAUUUAAACUAAAAUACUAAAUACAUAGUCAUGUCUAACUGGAAGGCCUCUUUCAUGAUCCCUGGGGUAAAGUUACUGUUUAGGGCAGGAGUAUAGGACCAAAUUUGAAAAACAUUUAACUUCUUCUUUAAUGAUGUUGAUACUAAAUUGAAACUAAAUGGAUAUUCCUUUACCAAAAUUGUAUAUUAUCCCAUAGGUAGAGACAAAAAUUAUCAUAGUGAUUAUUGUCUUUAUAAUUAUCUCUACUUUUGUUUAAUGUUAAUAUGUGUAUUACAUGUCUUUUAUUUAUAUAAAGUCUUUCAUAAGUAUGGACAUUUUCAUGGGCAUUUGUGUUUUAAGAACACACCUAAUUAUCUUAUACUGCUGCUGAUCAUUAGAAUUUUAUAGCUUAAAUAUUUAGAGUUCAAAAAUUAUUAUUAAUUUUAUUAGUGUUACAUUUACUUUAAUUUAUUAAUUAGGUUAUUGAUAAAUAUUCAGAGCAUAAAGAUUAUUAUAAAUUUCAUUGCCCUUGGGACUAUUGAUACAUGUACUUUUAAUUAAUACUCGGGUGACCAGUAAGGUUCGUGGGCCUCUUGUUUUUCUGAAACCAGAUUUUGAAUCUCAUUUAAAUUAAUUGUGGUGUGAUCGAUUUAAUUUAGAUUUUAUUUGGUCAUCUGAGUGACCUAUUGCAAUCUGUUUUUCUUUGUUGUUCAUCCUGUAUCAGUCUGUUCAACUUCUUGAUUUUCAGUUUAGUACAUACAUGUACCUCUAAAGUAAGGGUACCCAUGGUCACUGACACCCGGGGACUGAGCCAAAAUGUCAUAAAAUGAUGCAAUCUUUAAAGCUUCUUCACUACUCUGAAACAUCUCUGAAAUAAAUUACAUAAAUACAUAUUUCAUGACAAACCUGAGUCUGAAUUUUGAAAUCAUGGCCCCUGGGUAAGAUAAUCUGGUGCUAGAGUGCAACUUUAUAGCUUAAUUAUAAUAUUCUGGUGAAAAUGCAUUGUUUCAUAGAAAAUCUUUUAUACUAGACCCCACUUAACUGUGUCAAGGUAGAAAUUAAAAAAACCUGACUGCUACCGUGCUACGUACGGACUCAAUAGUCCGAAAUUUAUGACACUUAACCUACAGCUAGUGACAUCUAUAUGAAUGAAAAAUUCCCAAACGGGACGAAAAACAGCAAACAAACAGAUAAAACUAAAAUUGUGAAAUUCGUGGACCUCAGGUUCUGGUGCGAAGUUGGGGUUCUCAUUGCUAUUUCUUUUGAAAUCUUUAUGCUUCUGACAUUAAUCAUACUAAUUAACACAUAGUAAUGAUAUGGUAAUAUUGUGACAUUCAUGGUCUCUGAUUCUGGCAUCUAAUGUAGGCUGGGGUUCUUAAUUACUGGUAUUACAUUUAAAAUCUUAUUUUGGACCAAACUAAUUGCACAAUGAUGAUGAGGAAGGAAGCUUUAAAUUAAAAUAAUUUAUCCAGUCUGCUUUCCUGGCCACUGCUAGUUAAAAUAAUCUGUGUCUUGUCCCUCAUUAAACAGGGUCCAUAGGACAUUAUCACUUUAAUGAUAGAACAUUCUAUCUAGGCCACUACCCAAGGUGAGUAGUUAUAAAGGUAUAAAUUGAAUCAGAUUGCCCAAUCCAUACUGUAACAUUCAUGGCCCCUGGGGGUACUGGUGUUAGAGCUUUCUAGUCUCUAAGGUUUAGUGUAAGUGCAUUUAUAUCUCCUGAACAUCAAACAAUUAAACCGAUUGGGGAGUAAAAGUGAGCACUGGGAUGCCUCAAUCAAAAUGAAACUCGUGCAUCACUGUCGCUGCUGAGUGCUUCAGAGUUCAGGCCACCAGGACUUUGUUGCAUCUAUAACAAAUCAAAAAAAGUUUGAAAUAAUAAUCCAUAUAGUACAACUUUCUAAUACAGCAACUUCAGAAUUUACUCUACUACUUGACACAAAAAUUUCUUGAGACCAAUUUAGAGUUUAAUUAAUUAUGAAUUACCAAACCAAGGUCAAAAUCAGUGUUUCAAAAAAAUAUAUUAUAAAUAUUCUGUGAGCCAUACUAUAGUGGAAGGAUAAUAAAAAUCCCUGCGAGGCACAAAUCUAGGGCUUAUAAUGAGACAGUAUUGGUCAUACUGUCCGUCAUCUUCGGGUUUUCAUGUUCUCAUUUCACCAACAACAUGCAACACUUGCCUUUUGUGUGAUGCUGAGUUGACCCCCUGGCUUCAUGUUGUAUUCUCUGUUGUCCAUAAUAUAAGUUCUCUUCUCUGCACAUGCUUAUAUUUGUGAAUAUUAAGUGGUUAUUUAUUGUUUUUAUGUAGAGGAAGAUGUAACCCCCUAUUUACAGUAGUUUCCUGCCCUAUUUGAUGUGUGCAUUUUAGGCAACACAACCCAAUUGAGUGUUUUUGGUUUGUCUUUUGUAUGAUGAAAAAUAUGCAACUUUGAUUAUUAUAAGGGAGUGAAGAUUUGAGAUUUGCUACCUACACGAUUAAGUUAAACACUCUAAUAUGCAUAUCAAAUAUAUCAUAUGAACUUGAUCAUGUGUAAUACAUAGUGAAAUCUUCCUAAUUCUGUGUGCUCUGGGAGAUUUUGUGUUGGACUUGCAUGUACACUGUGUAAAGAACAUUUAAGAAAGAUAACUGGGAAUAAAAAUGCUAGGGUCUGAAUUCACAGAAAAACAGAUUACACAGGUGUCAGAUUAAACAGGUGUGACUGUAUCAGAAUUCACAGUAAAUGUCGGAUUAGACAGGUUUAACUUUAUCAGAGAAUUCACAGUAAAACAGAUUUCAGAUGUCGGAUUAGACAGGUUUAACUGUAUGUCACAAAGUACUUGUAUGUGAUAAGUUCAUUCCUGUGAAACUAGAAUGCAUUCUGAUCUGAAUAACAAUGCCUCCAACUGAAACAGCUGUGCAAAAUAAUGUGUCUGGUGUUACAAUGGCCUUUUCCCAGUCACACAGUUUAAUUUGUAUAAUUUAUCUGUAUUUACAGUAUAAUUUUUUGCAACGGGAAUGAACUCAUUUAUUGUCAGGCUACAUACUAGGAAAUAGAUUUAUUAUAAAGGUCUAUUAGGGUGUGUAUAGGAGUGGAUCCCGGGUUGUAUAUAUAAAUAUAGAUAUACACCUGUCUUUAGGUAUAUAUUAAAAUACUACCCAGCCAUACAUGUUAUUCCUAUACAUCCCUGAUCAGAUCUAGAUCCUCAAUUUAUUUAUUUAUUUGUACUCUGACAUUUUGAUUGAUAUAUUUUGUCUUAUAUUGUGAAAUAUAUAAUGAGCAAAUAUUUUUCCCCAUAAUUGUGAUUCAUUAUUGUGUAUUAAACUCGGAGUAUACAACA